GUUUGUUGUAGAUGGUGGACAAGUCGGGGCAAGAGAGGUAUCCUUGGGUGUAGCGAUGGCGGAGCGAUGGCAGGAGCUGGAUGUGGGUCAUGGCGGCAUAGACUUUCUCGGGGGGUUUGUGAUUGGGGCGGCGGGAGAGGGCAUUGGCAACGCGGUUGCUCUUGCGAGGGGUGUGACAAAUGGUAAAGAUGGAGGAGACGACGGUGUUAUCGGUACGGAUGGUGAAGUAUUGCCCAUCGAGGUACGGGCGCCAGACUUUGAGGGCGUAGACCAAGGCGAGGAGCUCCUUCUCGUAGGAUGGGUAGUUCAUUUCUGCGGGAAGGAGUUUCUUGCUGGCGAAUGCGAUGGGGUGCUCGCCGGGUGGGCAUUGGGAGUGAGUAGGGGAGUCCUUGAUGGAGGGGUUUCCACGGGGUUGGGGGGAAAGUGCUGGGAUAAGACGGCCCCGAUGGCAAAGUCGGAGGCAUCCGUGGUGACGAAGAAGUGGCGAGUUGGGUCGGCGAUUUUGAGGACGGGCGCAGUGGUGAUGAGCUCCUUGAGUUUGUCGAAGGUGGCUUGGCGGCGGUCUGUCCAAGCGACGGGUUCGGUGGCACGGGAUGGCGAGAACUUGGCGGAGAUGAUCAAGGUGGGACUCGAAGGUGGGGCUAAAAACAAGGAUGUCGUCGAGGUAGAUCACGACACAGACUUCGAGGAGGUCGCGGAAGAUGUGGUUCAUGGUGGAUUGGAAUGUGGCAGGGGCGUUGGUGAGACCGAAAGGCAUUACGAGAAACUCGUAGUGCCCGAAGCGGGAGUGGAAGGCGGUCUUGUGGGUGUCCUCCUCGCGGAUGCGGAUCUGGUGGAAGCCACUGCGGAGGUCGAUCUUGGUGAAGUAUUUGGCUCCACGGAGGCGAUCAAGAAGUUCGGAUAUCCGGGGAAGCAGAUACUUGUUCUUGAUCGUGAUCCGGUUCAAGGCGCGGUAGUCUGUGCACAUGCGGAGUUCCGAGGUGCCGUUCUUCUUGACGAAGAGACAGCUGGUUCCGAAGCGGGAGGAGCUAGGCUUAAUGAGUUCAUUGAGUUGGCGCUUCAUUUCUUCGGCCUCGGGGACGGAGAGCUGGUAUGGGGGGCGGCAAGGGGGGGAGUGGUCGGGCUCGAGAUCGAUGGUGUGGGAAACACCUCACCGGUGGAAGAGAGGCCGGCUUUGCGGACACAGGCAUCCGUGAUGAAGUUGCCGGUGGCACCAAUGUCGAGAAGGGCCCGAAACUUCACCGUCAAUGCUCCAAAGAAGACGGCGACGAACUUGAGCUGGAAUUGGGCGGUCUCGGCACAAAUGAAGGAGAUCAUGGUGUUGAGGCGGCGCUGCUCGAGGCCAAAUCUAACAAGCCGAGUGUGUCGGUCUUGUUCCUCAACGAGAUCGGAGAAAGUGAUGUUGGAGGGGUUGGGGAGGAGGGUAGUGGAACAUGUGGCCGUGGGGUGCUCAGCCGACGGAAUAGAGGACGUCGUCGGGAGGAGGGCAGGCGGAGUAGACUGCGACACCUGGGGGGUGUCCGGUGUGAAAGUCGUCGCCGGGGGAGGGGUUGGCAGACGAAUUGUUGGUGCCAGGACAUGGCUACAAGGGGCGGGGGGACAGUGUUCAAGUGGAGGAGGGUCCAGAGGCUGCGGUGGAGGAGGAGGAAGUGGAUGUGGGAGGGCUGGAUCUGGUGGGGCGGGAAGCCUGGUGGCUGGAGCGGCCAGCCUUGGGGCAAUUGGUUUGCUGAUGCCCCAGCUGGAGGCAACGGAAACAACCGACGUUGGCGUGGAGGAAGGCGCGUUCGGCGGGGGUGAGCUUUUUGAGACGAGGGGGUUGGGAGGAGGAGGAAGGAUGGGAGGCCAGGCGUUGCCGUUCCAUCCUCAUGAGAUGGACAACCUGGAAGUCUUCCUCGGAGGUUGCGGUGGGGAGCCAAUGAGCGAGGGGCAUGUUGUGGAGAUCGAAGGCAUUUUGAAUUUGAGAGAGGAAAAGGAGGACGUCCUCGUGGGGGAGGCCGGAGAACGUCGCGAUAUCAGUGGCGCGGAAGGAGUGGGGAAUGUCCCCGUUGUGGGGGACGAUGCAAGCGAGGGUGUUGAAGCAGGUGUGAUCCUGACUGCGGUCGUCGGGAGAGGUGUCGUAGCAGGUGUGAUCCUGACUGUGGUCACCAAGGAGGUAGCAAGGAGGAGGUUGGGGUAUGGCGGGGUAAACGCCCGAAAGGACUUGGGAGUAAGAGGGGUGGACAAAGGGGACGGUGGAAGUAGUAAGGAGAGGUUGGGUGACGGGGGAGGAGGAAGGGGAGUGGUUCGUGUAGUGGUGGAAGCGCUUGGAGUAGGUUGUGAGGAGGGGAGGGAAAUGGGAAGGGAAGUGACGGGGGUGGAAGAAGGUGUGGUGAAGGACGGUGGGGGGGUGGUGUUGGAGGAUGAGGCCUGGCCGGCUUGGCCGGCGGAGAGGCUUUGGCCAGAUUGGCCGGAGGAGGGGGGUUGGCUAUUUUGGCCGGAAGAAGAUGGUUGGCCGGUUUGGCCGGCGGGGGUGGAUUGGAUGGAUUGGCCGGAGGAGGAGGGGGGUGAUGACGUCGUGACGACGGUGAUGGCGGGUGUGUGGUUUUCGAGGGAGGUGACGUGAUCGGAUAUGGAGGUCAUGGAGGCCUCGAUUUUGCGGAGCGAGGCAGAGAGUGCUUGAAACAUGGAGAGGAGAGAUGUGUUCUCCCCGGUGCCUGGCUGGUCGACAAGCUCGCGGUGGAUAUCCUCGACGGAAUCCACGCGGAGCGAGCCCAUGUUGAUGCUUGAGGUGCCUUCGGCCAUGGGGAGGGACGAAGGUGGGGCAGAGGGAGAAGAUGGAGUGGAGGGGACAAUGGAGGUGGCAGCAGCAGCGGCAGCAGCGGCGUCGGCGGCGGCGCGUUGGGAGGUCUUGGAUUGGCGGGGUGGCAUGUGGGAGUGGUUUCUAAUGCUGAUUUAGAAAAAUGAUGGUUGAUUUAAAUCGGGAUUAGAGGAAGUAGACAUGAGAGGGGGGGGGGAGGAAUUAAAAUUCGGGGGCAAAGUUUUGCGAAAGAAAAAUUAAAAUCGGAAUGUAAAUUUCAAAUGGAAUAAAAUUUGGCGGAAAAAAUUGCAGAAAAUUCAGGGGAAAAUUUGAAUUUUCAAGAUAAUGAAAUUCAAAUUUAUUC